AUGGCUGUUCUACGGCCAGUAGAUAUGAAAAUACAACCUGCUCCAUAUGAAGGGCGAAUUAGGGUAAUUAAUAAGAUACUAGAGCAGUUACAGAAAUACCGGCCGUUGAAAGCAGAUGUUGAGAGUACUGCAGUGCAUUGGGAGUAUGAAGUGGCUAAAAGAUCAACAUCUAAACAGAGCUACAAGUUUAAUGCGAAUGUGUUGUUAAGAGACAUCACGAAGCAUAAGGGGAACCUGAAUAAGCGUGGGAGGUAUGAAGCACCAAAGCAGCAAAUGAGUAAAGACACGGUGAUGGAGAAAUUGCGAGCUCUAAUUUUGGAUAUAGAAACGCUAAAGGAGUCUGGGUAUAUUACUAUUAAGGAGGUAACUGCUGAGCGUCAACUGGAGGAACCGGAAAACAAACGUCGAGCUUGUGCAAGAUGUCUUACAAAAUUUUCUGAAGAUGAUAUUAUGGUUCCUACUCGAUGUCAAUACCACAGUUCCAAACCGCAGUAUAAUAGAUAUACUAAGUCCUCGCAGUACAUGUGUUGCGGUGAAACAGGCAACUCUGUGACGCCUUUUUCACUGGGGUGCACCACGCUGGAACACCAUGUGUAUAGACAGGAGACCUAUGAAGAUAUGUCUAAGACCAUCAAGUUCAAAACUACGACAGGUAUUCCCGGUUCGUCUAAUGUUUUGGCAUUGGAUUGUGAGAUGGCGUAUACUUCCCUUGGUUAUGAGUUAAUCAGGCUGACUAUUGUUGACUUUUGGACAAAUGAAGUAUGCUUUGAUGAGAUAGUACAACCAAUAGGAGAGAUAAUUGACCUAAACUCGCAAUUUAGCGGUGUGCAUCAAAUUGAUAGGGCUGUUUCACUAACUUUUCAUGAAGCUCGAGAUAUUUUUUUGAGCCCCAAGAUGAUCAAUGAAAACAGCAUCCUAAUAGGCCACGGAUUAGAGAACGAUUUGAACGUAUUAAGAAUCAUACAUGAUAAAAUUAUUGAUACAGCUAUAUUAUACCCCAGCGGUAAAUUUAAAUCAUCGUUGAAAAACUUAGCAUUCCAAGAAUUGAGCAGGAGAAUCCAAGAUGGCGAGCACGAUAGUUCCGAAGAUGCCAUUGCCACAAUGGAUGUCGUGAAGCACAAACUGGGAAUACCUUUAGACCGUAAGACCUGGUGA